ACAUUUUUACAAAGUACUUAGAAAAAGUCUACAAGUUAAAUUUCAUAUCUCAUUAUUAAAUAAAUGCUGGUAUAAUGAUUUAAAGCUUAGUAUUACUAAUGAGGAGCUUGCUUUAUUGAAUGUUUGUGGUGGUCAAGCUUAUACAGAAAAACUUCAAAAUAUUGUUUCAGUCAAAGCAAAGUAUGGAAGGAACUUCAAGACGACGUGGGCUCGAUAUUUAAGUGAAGGAGAAACUGCAAAACAAAUAAGAAGCAAACACAGCUAA